AAUGCCUUUUGUCUGACCGAACACCCUGACUCUGACUUUCUCGAGUCCCUCCGCAAUGAAGUGAUCGAUUUACUCUCCACUCUUCCAAACAGUUCUCCCUUCCCUCUUACUGCUGCUGCUCUUCUCUUGCAACUGAGCACACAUCCUGCCGGCCCCAGUUUUUCCGUCCCUCCGCAAGAUUCCUCGCCCUCCUCCACCCGAUCGAGCGCUUCCCCCCGAUCUCUUCAUUUGAGAUCUCGAACAGCUCCUACCAUCCACCAUAUCGUCGGAAUCACUCAAGUCGAAAAUCAUGGUUCGCAACCUCGUCGUUAUUGGGGGCAACUCCCACCCCCAGUUGACGCAGACCAUUUGCGGUGUGCUUGGCAUCCCCCCGGCGGAUGUCCUGCUCUCCAAGUUCGCCGUCGGCGAGACCCGAGUCGAGAUCCAGGAAUCUGUCCGUGGAAAGGACGUCUAUAUCAUUCAGUCCGGUGGUGGUAAGGUCAACGACCACCUGCUGGAGCUUCUGAUCACUAUCUCCGCCUGCAAAACGGCCUCGGCCCGACGAGUCACUGCCGUUCUUCCUCUCUUCCCUUACUCUCGCCAGAGUGAUAUCCCCUACGACAAGGCUGGAGCUCCCCUUGUCAAGUCCUCUGUUCGGGACCGCCCCAGCAACGGCUAUACCUUUGAGAGCACUCCCUCCACGCCUGGUCCUGGAAUGAAGACGGAGGGUCUGGGUCUGAUGAACGGCAUGGAAAACUUGCAAAAGAGCCUUGCCCGAGCCCAGAUUGAAGAGAGCAAUGGCAGUCCGGUAAAACGGCGCCCCGCGAACGGGCUUCCGCGGAGUGACACUGCUGACUCUCUCAAGUCUUUGGCCAACGGCGUCCACGAGGAUUCCUCCAGCAACGCCUCCAACUCGUCCAAGAUCAACUCUUUCCAGCCGCGACCGGGCUACAAGCAGUGGGUUGCGCAGGCAGGCACCCUGGUGGCAGACCUGCUCACCUGCGCUGGCGCGGAUCACAUCAUCACUAUGGAUCUGCACGACCCACAAUAUCAGGGCUACUUUGAUAUCCCCGUGGACAACCUUUACGGACGUCCUCUGCUGAAGAGCUAUGUUCAGCGCAACAUCCCCGACUUCAAGCAGGCCGUUGUAGUCAGCCCCGAUGCCGGUGGUGCCAAGCGCGCCACGGCCAUCGCCGACUCCAUGGGUAUGGAGUUUGCUCUUAUUCACAAGGAGCGCCGCCCCACAAAAAUCACAGACCGCCAAAAUGCCACCAUGAUGCUGGUUGGUGAUGUCCGCGACCGGACAGCUAUUCUGAUUGACGAUCUGGCGGACACCUCCAACACAAUUACCCGGGCGGCGAAGCUGCUCAAGAAGGAGGGUGCCUCCAAGGUGUACGCCCUGGUCACCCACGGUAUUUUGAGCGGUGAUGCCAUUGAGCGCAUCAACGCCAGUGCCCUUGACAAGGUGGUGGUGACCAACAGUGUGGACCAGAGUGAGCACCUGCGCCGCUGCCCCAAGCUCGAGGUUCUGGAGGUCGGCCACGUUUUCGCUGAGGCCAUCCGCCGCGUCCACCACGGUGAAAGCAUCAGCGUUCUUUUCCAGUACGAUUGAUUUUCUAAACAAUCUUUGCAUGAGUGGAAGAUCCGAAACCCUGAUCAACCAAAACACACCAAAAAAAUACUGGCUUCAUUUCCUUUACAAGCUGGCAUGCUCUAAAUGAAUUUCUUUGGAUCUACGGGCGUUUUCGUUGACACAGAGUCAUCUGUCUAUUCCAUUACCACACAAAUUUUUUGGUUUUAUUUUCCCACAACAUAGAAACCUUGGUCCCAGUAGACUUGUUGCUUUGAGAUUGAGAGCGUGUUCUUGUUCUUGUAUAAUUUCUGCCUUUCCAUGUUGCUCUUGCUCUUGCUCUUGUCUGGUCGCUGGGACUUGGCUGGGUGCUUUCCUUUGUCUAGGGCUGCCUGCUUUUAUCUGUACAUACACUACUUGGCUGAGGGAUUGGCAAACCACUUUUUGACUGCUGUCAUUGUCUUUCUUUUUCUUUGCGUACUUUUUAUUCAUAAUCAACAGCUGACCGAGAUUCGUGCAUCAACAUGAGAAGCGCAACAAGCA